GCACGCGUGCACAACGUGGGAACUCGCGCAACCGUGCGCCCCGUGCCAUUAUGUUUUGAAAUAACCGAGCAGUAUGGACCGGUUCGCUUUUGUCGGUGUUUUAGAUCAUUGCGCGCGUAACAGGCCUAAGAUAAACGAUUUUUUCGAAUUUGGAUUUUCCAACGAAACACUAACGGACACGUGAAACACGUCGUGGAGUCGUCCGAUAGAAAUUUUCCGAUGUAUAUUUAUGUGCGAUAUCGUCGUGCCGUAGUUGUACAAGUUAUGCCACUUGUCAGACGAAAAUAUAGGUAAAAUAACAUUAUGUCAUCGACGAACAAUGACUCAGAAGACGACGAUCCAAGGGUGCAUUCGUCCGGGAUGUCUUCCUCUGGUCAACCCAGACGUUACGAGCUUUCGAAAUCCGAAUUGCGAAAGAAUAAUAAGCCAAUUAUGGAAAAAAAAAGGAGAGCCAGAAUCAAUCAGUGUUUGAAUGAAUUGAAAACACUUAUAUUGGACGCAUUGAAAAAAGACCCAGCAAGACAUACAAAGUUAGAAAAAGCGGACAUCCUGGAAAUGACCGUGCGGCACCUGCAGUCGUUGCACCGGAGUGGCAGUGGCAGCCGACCGUUAGCUCCGGCCGUCUGUCCAACGGUCGAAUCACCGCUGUCGCCUUCGUCAUCGACCGCGGCCUUAACGGCGGUGGUCGUGCAAAAGUUUCAGACGGGUUACCAGGAAUGCGCCGGCGAGGUGAAUCGGUUCGUAGACCGAUUGGACGGGGUGGACGAAGAGAUCAAAAAGAGGCUGAUGUCACAUCUGGACUCGUGCGUGGCCAAAAUGAGGUACGUCGCCGCGGCCGCAGGCACGACGCCUCCGCCACCGCCGCCGCGACCACUCGCGAACAAUAAUAAUUACUCGUUGCACCAUCGGCUCGACCUACAAGCGGCGGCGGCGGCGGCCACGGCAUUAGCCGCGACCGCGUCGGUGCCGAUUUCGAGCGGCCGACCAGUUUUGCAGCAGCAAUCGCUGAUCGGAGAAUUGACGCCCCCGACCGUCCCGCCGCCCAUCCCGCCGCUGCCGCUGCCGAAAGUCGGCCGUUUCCGGACGAGCGCGUUCACGGCGGUACACGGUCAGCUUCCGUCACCGGAUGUCGGUUCGACGCCUUUCGUGUACUGCGACGAACCGGACGUGUCGUCGACCAGCUCGUGGGCCGAAGACAUGGCAGCCGCGUCCGCUGUCCAGCACCCACCGCUCGAUUUUUCGAUGAAAAAAACUGUGGCCGGAUGCAGCAACAAGAGGCCCCUGGGCGACAUACCAGUAAACGUUCCUACGGCCAACGCGUCGUCCUCGCACAAGCAAUCGGCGGCGGCAGCGACGGCGGCAGCGUCGUCAAACGGUGACGGGCCAACGGCCGCGCGCGUUCGCAGGCCCGAAGCCGUGGCCGCCGCGGUCAGACCGUGCGACGGUCCAGACUCCGACCCCAACAUGUGGAGGCCCUGGUGACGUCGUCCGUCCGCGUCGUAUCGCCGAUAGUAUGCGCAGCAGCUGUAGUGUAGUUAGUGAUAUUUUCAGUCACUUUUCGGCAGUGUUGGGUAUACAUAUAGUUACCCCGCAUUACGCGCAACACUGCGUCGUCAUGCAUUUCGUACAAAGUACGUACUAUCGUUGUAUAGGAAUUGUACCUCUAUACACAUAUCGAAGUUGUACAUUAUAAUAUGUACUCUCUUAAUGAUACACGGUGACUUCGCGAAUUAUUCCGUUAUAUAAUAUAGUUUAUAACAUAAAACCAGAAAAACGUAUGUGAUAUCUCGUAUUUAAAUUUAAAAUGUUUACAUAAUAUAUGGCUUUUGUAAAAGAAAAAAACACUUUCGCGAUUCCAGAUUUCCCUAAUUUUUAUACUCUUAUUAACUACAGCAGUGGCGAUCAAUCAAUUUUGUCACGGGUGGGGAAUGGGGAUGAGGGGCUGAUCUUUUAACAUGCGCAUAUUGGUCAUUAAAAAUAGAAUUUAAAGAUUAUAUAGAUCGAUUUAUUAUUUAAAAACCAUAAACUAAAAAGUUAAUUAAUAGUUAGGUGUACCAAAUGUAUUUAUAAUAGUGAAAUGCGUUUUUGUUUAUUUUUGCCAGUUCAUCUACUUAACUUAGAGUUAUAUUCACUAGUCCACGACAAACAGCCAUUGAUAAGACUCUUAGAUUACCAUAUUAAAUAAACAAUUUAUUAAACAUAUUAUUUUUUAAUGACUAUAAAAUA